AUGGACCACACGGUCGUGACCGACUAUACGCGCGUGAGCGAAUGCGAGAACGUCAAGGUCUAUGUCCGUGCCCGACCGUGCGCAGACGGGUCCGAGCCGUUUGACGGCAUGUUUGAGCGCCGAAAAGAGACCCCCAAAAAUAUUACGAUCAAGGACGUGGACAAGUCCCAGUACGGCGAGCACGCGUUUAGCUUUGACAACAUUUUUUGGACGCAAACGAACCAAGAAGAAGUGUUCGAGUCGACAAGCAAACCUCUUGUCGAGUUUGCUCUCAAGGGCAUCAACAGCUGCUGCUUUGCGUAUGGCCAAACAGGCUCGGGCAAGACGUUUAGCAUCUUUGGCGAGACGGGCGAAAAAGAUGGCAUUAUUCCGCGCUGCACCGACCAUUUGUUUGAAAUGAUUGAGCGCAACCAGCAGUCCGACCGCACCAACAAGCCCGAAAUCACGCUGGUUGUAAGCUUUCUCGAAAUCUACUGCGAUCGGCUGCGCGACUUGGGCCGCGAGUAUGCUCAGAAAACGGGUCGUGUCGUGUCGUACCAGCAGAGCAGCAGCGCCGAUUGGUACUUACGCCAGAAGGCGAUGAAGCGCACCGACAGCAGUGCGAGCGUCUUCUCCAACCACUCGUGCAAAGAUGAUAUGCGCAUCGACUAUGAGAAGGAAAACCUCGAAAUCCACGAAGACGCUCAAGGCCAAGUGUUUGUCAAAGAUCUCUCGAUGAUCGAAGUCACACGCCGCGAAGAAGUGAAUGUGAUGGUGCAAAUGGGCCUUAAGCUGCGCUCAACGCACGAAACCAAGAUGAACGCCGUCUCGUCGCGAUCGCACACAGUCUUUUCGAUCCACGUCUUCCAACACGAUUUGGCCACGAAUGAAGUCAUUUCGGGCACGCUCAACAUGGUCGACUUGGCCGGAUCGGAACGCCUCAAGAAAAGCGAGUCGGACGGACAGCGGCUCAAGGAGGCGUUGCACAUCAACUCGUCGCUCAGUGCGGUCGGCAAAGUCGUCAUGUCGCUCGACCCAGAGAGCCGCUUCAACUACAUUCCGUACCGCGACUCGAAGCUCACGCGUCUCCUCCAAAACAGCAUCGGUGGCAACUCGUUUACGAUUCUUAUUGCGACCAUCCACCCAAUGAAAGAGCACUACGAGGAGUGCUUGAGCACCAUGCAAUUCGCCAACCGGUGUCGGACCGUCCAAAACCAACCCCGCGUCAACUACAUCAACCAAAACGUUGUCGAUAAGGACAGGCGAAUACGCAAGCUUCAGGACGAAAUUGCGCUUCUCAAGCGGAAGCUCGAGUGCCUCCGCGCCGAGCAAAACAACCGCAUGGGCACGAUUCUGCGCGAGCUUGGCUACGACGUUAGUGGCUUUACCGAAGAAGGCAACGACGGCACGGUGGUGGUUGCGACAGAAGAGACGAUCCUCGACAUGCAUGGCAACCCCAUUACGCUCUCCAAGACCGAGGACGCGCAGGGGCACUCGCCGUCCAAGAGGAAAAAUCACUCUCGGACCACGGUCGCCACCAAGAGCUUCGGCGCACCAUCGGUAUCGACGCGAUUUUUGCGAAAAGAACGCGACUACAUGCGUCAAAAGGCCGAGGAUGUCAAGAAUGCCGUCCUCCUCGCACAGGCCGAGCUAAAGAAGGAGAAAGACGAUAUGCUGCGGCAGCUACAACAGCAGAAGCGCGAAGUGCUCCGUCUCGAGAGCGAGCUCGUGCUCAAAGACGAAGCGCUCGUCCGGAUCCAGGCCCAAGGCGCGUCCAAGCACAAAGAGGACAUUCAGCACAUCCUUGAGCACAGCCAAGCGCUACAGCGAACGUCGCAGCGGCCGAGCGAAAAACAAGAGCUCCUUGACUUGACCAAGCAGUGGACGCACCACUCAGCGACGGACCGAGAAACCAUCGAAACGCUCAAGGACGAAAUGGCCCAACUUUACGUCUACACGACGCGUCUCUUCCAAGCAAGCCAGCUCCACUUGCAGCGCAAGGGCCACGAUGUGGCGUGGCCCAAGCCUCUGCUGACAAAUACGACCAAGUUACGCCACUUCCGAGCGCUACUCGGGUCGGAUCCGCUCGUCCAAGCUCGUGUGCAGCACGCCAAGGAGCACAAAGUGAUGUCGGCACGUGCCGCAGCCACGGCACGUCCCGUCUCGGCGCCCGCGCGCCGGCCCAUGAGUGCGGGGUAUGCGUCGACAUUUCGGGGCCGCAUUUUGCAACCACCUCCUAUUGCAACAACCACAACAGAGGGCGACGGUAUCCUCAAUGAGGACGACGACAGUGACUCGGAGCUCAAUAUGCUCCCGAUUGAGACGCUACGCCAGCUGCUGCGAGACGAGCGGGCCAAGCAACAAAAGUCGCGGCAGCCCGAAGUCGACGACGACGUCGUCGAACAGUUGCGCACGAAACUGCAGCACGAGGUGACGACGACGCGUGCUCAAAAGAACCGCGAACUGCGCGCGGCCAAUGCAGCGCUGCAGCGACAACAAACCAAAACCACCCAAGAAAAAGUGGUCAUUGCCAAGCCACGCCCACAGUCGGCGACAAAACGACCCAUGGGACGGGAGGAAUAA